AGGCCAACAGCUCCGCGCCGGCCACGCAACAGCCCUAUACAUCGUUCUAAUUUACUCCUCCUCCUCUCCCUCCUACUGCUCUAUACCCUCUACUUCUCACCAGCACCACGACAGUACACGCGAUAACCAUGGCGACUAAAGUGAACUUUGGCGCAGGCUCCGUCGAGGUAGGCGCGCCUGCGCAACCCGGCGAGAGCCGUGCGCGCCGGCUCGCCAUCUGCGCCGACAAGCUCAUCGAGCAGCCGCUCGAGGGCAUCGAGACAAUCCACGACUGCGUCCUCUAUGCCGCGCGGACGCACGGGACGAAGAAGGCGCUUGGCUGGCGCGACGUCGUCGACAUCAUCGAGGAGGAGAAGGAGGUGACGAAGCACGUCGGCGGGAAGGAGGUCAAGGAGACGAAGAAGUGGAAGUACUUCCAGCUGAGCGACUACAAGUACUUGAACUACCUCGAGGUCAAGGAGGCCGUGUCCGAGGUCGCAAGGGGGCUCGUCGACCUCGGCGUCACCGCGGACGACAUCUUCAACGUCUAUGCGUCUACCAGCCUAAACUGGCAACUCGUCGCGCACGCCUGCGCGUCCAUCUCCACAGCCAUCGCGACCGCCUAUGAUUCGCUAGGCGAAGCCGGCCUCACGCACUCGCUCAACGAGCCGAACUGCGUCGGCGUCUACACCGACGCCGAACUCCUCCCCGUCCUCGCCAAGGUCAUCGGCAACACGCCCUCGCUCCGGAUCGUGAUCUACUCCGGCGAGGCCAAGCCCGCCGUGCUCGACUCCAUCCGGCAGACGAGGGAGAACAUCCAGGUGCUCACCAUCGACGAGCUCCGCGCGCGUGGCAAGCCGCUCUCCCCCGACACGACCAAAGAUCGGUUCCCGAAGCCGUCCUCGGUCGCGUGCAUCAUGUACACCUCGGGCACGACCGGCGCGCCGAAGGGCGUCGUCAUCACGCACUCGAACGCGAUCGCCGCCGUCGGCGCCGUGUACAAGCUGCUCGGGCACCACUUCAACACGGACGAUGCCUUCCUCGCCUACCUCCCGCUCGCGCACAUCCUCGAAUACAUCGUCGAGCUCUGCCUCUACUUCGUCGGCAUGACCAUCGGCUACGGCCGCGUCAAGACGCUGACGGACCAGUCCGUCCGCGGCUGCUCCGGCGACAUGGUCGCGUUCAAGCCGACGAUCAUGGUCGGCGUUCCCGCCGUGUGGGAGCUGAUCCGGAAGGGCAUCGUCGGCAAGGUCCAGAGCGGCGGCGCGGUGACCAAGAGCGUGUUCUCCGGCGCGUUGACCGUGAAGAGGGCGAAGGUGCCGGGGCUGUCGCAGGUCGUGGACGCCGUCGUGCUCAGCAAGGUCAAGGCGGCGACGGGCGGUCGGCUGAGGCUCGCGCUGAGCGGUGGUGCGGCGUUGAGCAAGGAGACGCAAGAGUUCCUCAACCUCGCGCUGGUCCAGCUCUUGCAAGGGUACGGGAUGACCGAGUCGUGCGGCAUGUGCGCCAUCCUCCCGCCGGAGCUGAUGCAGUACGGAUCGGUUGGGCUACCGGUGCCGGCGAUCGAGAUUAAGCUGUUGGACGUGAAGGAGGCCGGAUACGAUGCCCAGGGAAACCCGCCCCAGGGCGAGGUGUGCAUCCGAGGGCCGGCGGUCACGAAGGGAUACUACAAGCGCGACGACCUCAACAACGACGAGUCGAUCUUCACCAAAGACGGCUGGCUUCGGACGGGUGACGUCGGCCGGUGGAACCCCGACGGGACGCUGAGCCUCGUGGACCGGAUCAAGAACCUGGUCAAGCUUCAGGGAGGCGAGUACAUCGCGCUCGAAUCGCUCGAGGCGACGUACAAGUCGUGCAACCUCGUGUCCAACAUUUGCGUGCACGCGACGACCGACGCCAAGCAGCCGAUCGCGAUCGUCGUCCCGAACGAGCACCAUCUCAGGCACGCGCUCAAGUCCCUAACGGGCGUCAACGCGGACGCGCCGCUGCGCGAGCUCUGCCAUGACGCGCGCGUGAGCGAACUGGUGAUGAAGGAGUGCAACGCGGCGGGGAAGAAGAGCGGGUUCAAGACGAUGGAGCUCCUCCAGGCCGUCGUGCUCAGCGACGAGGAGUGGACGCCAGAGAACGGGAUAGUGACCGCGGCGCAGAAGGUGCAGCGGAAGAAGGUGGCGGAGAAGUUCGAGAAGGAGAUCAAGGAGGCGUAUAAGAACCAAUAGAAUGUCCUCGUUGAUGUCUUGGCGUACAUCUUUUUGUUCUGUUAUCUCUUGAACAAUCGCAUCGCAUGUAGGAUAUCACGGUCUCCUGUUAAUACUGCUGGUCUCCCAGAAUUCAUACGCUGCUAUCCCCG